UACGAUACCUUCACUUGCCAGUUCUGGAUGUAAAUUCAGAGCCUCACGUGGUUGUUCAUGGGAUGAACUGUUUUGAGUACUGUCCAACAGAUGCUAGAUUUCAAACGGUGUUUGACAAAGCCAUGCAUGAUCAUUCACACAUCUUGAUGUCGGCGUUGCUGGAGAAGUACCGAGGCUUUGAAACCUUGACAUCAUUAGUCGAUGUAGGCGGUGGGUUAGGUGCUAGUUUGGCCAUGAUUUUGUCCAAAUAUCCGAAUUUACGCGGAAUCAAUUUCGACCAGCCACAUGUUGUAGCCGACGGGCUGAAAGUGCCAAAUUUGGAACACGUUGGUGGAGAUUUCUUCGCCAGUGUGCCUGAAGCCGAUGCUGCGUUCAUGAAGUGGAUUUUGCAUGAUUGGGAUGACGAACGCUGUGUAAAGAUACUGGAAAACAUCUGGAGAGCUUUACCUCCUCAUGGCAAGCUCCUGAACCUCGACUCAUUGCUGUCAGAUAUCUCAGAUCCAUCCCCCGCAACCAAGAUCUCCUUGUACGCAGAUAUGAUCAUGCUGGCAGUCACUCCAAGGGGAAGGGAACGUACGCUGUCCCAGUUCAAAAAGCUUGCAGCUGGUGCCGGAUUUCAAAAAGUUGAAGUUGUUGCACAAGUAGAUAAUUUGUCGCUUCUGGAAUUCUGCAAGAAUUAGUUAUCACUGUUUGAACUCAGACUUCAUUUAUAAUAGGAACUGUUCUUAGCCAUAAACCAGCAAUGUCCUAAUCCUGAUCUAGACUUUGUACAUCUGUCCAACCUUUGUCCAUCUAUCCAACCUGCCACU